AAGUCAAGAGCAGAGCAUGCCACUACGAAUAAGUCAGUGGUUCACCGUCAUAUCAACGAGUACCCAAUUCGUCGUGCAGUUGCAAUGACUGCGGUAGUGUUCCUGCAGCGGAUAUUUCUCCUGCUGGUGUGCGUACUAUGCGGUCUCGUCGACGCGUUUAAGACCCGCUCGCAGUACGGGCAGUACGACGCUUUAUUGGUGGCGCGGUGCGAAGCUCGCUGCUGGUUCACACCCGACAAAAAUUCGUGUUUGAAGCACUGUUUAUUGCAACCCCUCGACAAGCCCGGACUUUGCCCCAAAAGCGACACCGUUUUAACCCCCUUUGACGCCGUCUGUCUGGACACCUGUCACCAGGACUCCCAGUGUUUCGCUUUGACGAAGUGUUGCAGACACAGCUGCGGGAUAACGUGCCAAAACCCGGUGGAACUCUCAACAGCGAAAGGUGUCCCUGACGUCCCCCAGGACGUCAAAGUGACCGGUGGCCCCAAAAAGAAAACCGUCUUUCUGGAAUGGACGUCCCAGAUUUUCGCCGCCCCCAACAGUACCACCCUCUUCGUGAUCGAGGAGCGCCACCACACCGGUCACAACUUCAUCGAGAAGCACCUCAGCGACUGGUCGUUCUGCGGCCGCUCCCCUCGACCUAGUCAAAUUCUCAAGACCAUCGUCAAGCCCGGGCGGUGGUACCAAUUCCGCGUGGCCGCCGUCAACGAGAACGGUACGAAGGGCUUCUCCGACACGUCUCCCGUUUUUAACAUAGCAGUGAGACCCAGGCCGCCCAAGCCCCCGCAGAACGUGACGGUGUCCGGGCUGUGGUCCACGUCCAAUGGUACGCUCAUGGGCGAGCUGCGCUGGUCGCCCCCGCGCUCCGAUCUCCCCAUCCAGAGGUACAAGGUUUUCUGGAGCAGGAGACUGCACGGAGCUAAGCCUCUAGACUCCGUCCUUGUUCACCAGCAGGUGGUACCGAAGGAACAAACCCGCUUUCUGCUGCAAGAUCUCCAGCCCAAUUCGUUGUAUUUUCUCCAAAUACAAGCUCUAGUCCAGUAUGGGAAGAAGCGCUUGAAAAGUCAAAAAUCUGCCUUAAUUUUGAACACCACUGACUACAUAAGCGCCCCGCCUACACCGACUCCGCCCAUUUAUAAAACCAGAAACAAAAUCGAGGGACUUCGCGUCCAGAAAAUGUACUGGUCUUCUGAAGGCUUACGCGCCAAAGUAAUUUGGAAAUCGAAAGACGAGCCCCAAAAAUACACGGUGAACCUGUGGACAGGUCCAUGCUUCAAAGGUUCCAAGUCUCGACGAAAUUUUAAAUUGACGGUGACCACCCAAGUGUCCCAUUUCGACUUAUACGAUCUUCAUUUUAGUUGUAAGUAUCGAGUUGGGGUUCGAAGCGUCCCUGACGAAGACGUGGCGUCCCUGGAGGACUCUUUUAUCACGUUCGUGACGCCCAAUUGUAACGAGUUUAAACGAACGAAUCGAAAAACGAGAUGUACAGAUUGAAUUUAACUCUUUUAUUAAAUUUUUUACUUAAAA